AUGCCAGCCCGCCGCCUCCCCCUUCGCGUCCGCGCUGGUCCUGUCCCACCUCCCUUCGCAUGUCCUCCGCACUCAUCCGUGCUCCUGCUCACCCCGACUGCCUCUCUGGCGAGUAAUGCGCCCUCGCCCAGCCUUCUCUAUGCGUUCCUCGCUGCCAGUGCCUCUCGGGCGAAGGGGAUCUCUCGUCCCUUCUCCCUCCGUGCCCGCGGCGACUGUCUUGCAGAUGCCACUCCUCCUCCCAUCUCCCUCCCUGCUUGCGCUGCAGACCUGGCGAACGUGUCUCACCCCUUGCCCUUCCCGCGUAGUGCCGCCACGGAUCAGGUGAGCCAGACCCGCCAGUCUGUCGUCUAUCAUGUUGCCCAUGCCGAUCAGGCGAGCGCGACCCGCCCCCCUGCCUCCCAUCAUGGUGCUGACGCACCUCAGGCGAGCGCGACCCUCCGUUCCGCCCUCCUCCGCGCUGCCAACGCGGAUCAGGUGAGAACUCGUCCUCGCGCACUUCCUGUUGCUCCUCCGCCCGCCCCCGCUGCUACGAAGAUGAGUGAUUCACCUUCUCACGCCUCUCCUGCUUCCUGCGUCGGCGCCGCUCCAGAUUAUACCCAUAUUCCUCCUCUUCACUAUACUCAUGUUCCUUCGCUUCACACAGCUCCUCAUCACUCCUUUUCGUCUUCUCCCUCCCUUCCUUACCCUCAGGGGAAUCUUCUUGACACCACCUCCCUCGUCCGCCUGCUCCUCGGCGCCCAUGAUAUUCUCUUACCCUUCCCUUGGCACUUCCCGAGCUCCAGCACCAACCCUGCUCCUGCGCACGGGUACUCUUUCAUUCCUUUACGGCGUGCUCUCGCAUCCGCCCCUGCGAUGUACUGCGACAAACACUCACUCCCCUUAACACGCGCUUCCCCCUCCUCCUGCCGCUGCAGUGCAGGCGAGCGCUGCGCGUGCCCCCUACCGCGGUCGUUCCCCCUUUCCUCUCGCCGCAGCUCUGGUGAUCGCCCUCCACCCAACGCCAGGCGCCUCCUGCGCUCGUGUCCGCGUCUUGGUUCAGGCGAGCCAUACAUACCCGCCUGCGCGUCUCGCCUCCUCAUUUCCUCACGGCUGGCUUCUGGCGCGCGCUCAGCCUCCUUGUCUUCGCCGCGCCUUGCGUUACUUCCGCGCAUCCUGCCUGGCGAGCGAUUUGCAUCCGUGCUCCCCCGGCGCCCCGCGCCAUUCUCAAGCAUUUAG